UCCGAAAUUCAAAAUGCGCUGGUUUCCAAACGAAGGACGCUAUUUAGCUGGAAAGUUGUAAACAGGUAUAAAUUUAGCACCUCUUAUGCCGGAUGAGGAUAAAGCUUUUAGUGGCUCUUUAGUUUUGGAUUUGAGAAUUUCAUGACGUCACGUGAACACACUCUAUACACACAUGCAUGAAUGUGAAACGCACCAAACGUCACAACAGUGCAUGAGAACUGGGCCAGCGAUUGAAGAUCCCUGUCCUCGCGACCACGGAAUCCAAGCUAAGUGGGCCAAGAUAUGGGCACAUAUUUGUUUUGAGUGGCGGCUGUCACUCAAACAGAGUUUCGAUCUCUUCUAUUUCGCUUUCGAGUGGAAUUUUUUUAUUCUAGAGAUCUGUUUUGUUUAUUUUCGUAAUGUUAUCCGAUGUACUGAGAUUGGAUUAAAGUAAAUUGCUGCAAUACCUGUGGUGUUUUAUCCGACGGAGUUUAAUUUUUCUUUUUAUAUAGUUACAUUUCCUGAUGGCUUAGUUUACUAAGUGCGCAUAUUUUUCAACCAUACUUUCGAGUUACUGACGUCAUUGAGUGGUAAACAUCUCACGCUUUCUUAUUUUAGAAGAAAAUGAACAGAAUACGGAAGUAAGACUUGCUGUGGUACCAUGCUAAAAUCACAAACAAAAAAAAAAACAAAUAUCAUCUCAUGGAAACAAAUUUCAGAGCAAGGAUACGUGAUUCACCUACAGUUCUGUAUCGGUCUGUGUAUACUAACCAAGUCAAGUGCGUUUAUAUUGUCUUCGUCAGAAAGCGAAAGAACUGAAGUUGCGAAUAAUUUUAUGCGUCGUUGUCGAAGACGUAAUGGUCCAUAACUAAGUCGGCUGUCAUCAGACAAGUAUCAAGUAGAGCUGGCUCAGCUUGUAAGUUUUGAUCCAGUUAAUUAUGGCGGCAAAGUUGGGUUACCGAAGGCUUCCUUCUCAACCAGAUUCUUUGCCUUCGUUCAGCUUCGGAUCCAUUGGAAGUGAUGAUUUCAACGGAGGAGCAGAUGUCCGCUUUGUAACCUUAGAGGAAAAAACAAUGUUUUACAAAGUGCAAUCACGGAGCGGAGGAAAAGCGAAACAGCGUGUAUGUGAUGGAGAGGUUCAAAUGGAAGCGCGUUCACCAGUGAGUCAGAUCCUCAGAAUAAGGGUGUGGGUGUUCCGAGCGAGAGAGGCUGCGGAGCUCCAAAAAGAUGGAAACGGGCCGGUGGAACUGAAAGUCGAGUAUGGACCGCAAGAUUUAGACAAGCAAUUGUUCUCGGUGGACCUUGACUCUGUUUAUGACGGCCGCUUCGCUCCAGUGUAUGAACUGGCCAAAGUCGAAAUGGACAAGAGAAAUCUUUUUCAACUUCUUGUUCAGCUCUAUUUUCCUGGCAAUGGAGCCGAGGAGGAGGUUCAGCAGUUUUUUAGUAAGCCGUUUUUGAUGAGAAGCAAGCCCAGGAACAAGAAGAGGAAAAUCAAUGAGGUUGGCGGCGAAGGAGAAGAAGAUUCCACGGACCAGAGCUGUAGUCCGGACAGCUCGAUCGGCAACAUGACAGCAUCUGCUGAAUUCCAAAACCUCCGCGUCGUUGAGCAUCUGGAAGCCAAACGUGCACACAUCGAACAUCUGUCGUUCGUGGUUUCUAGUGCUGGCGCCAACAAGGCUGAUAUUGGAUAUCACUUUAAACUGAAAGAUCCUGAUGUAUGCGAGGACUUUGAAGAAGGAGAUAUUGUUGGUUUUUACAAAGAUGACAAUGGGACCGCAAGCAUUCAGCUGUUAGAUAACAAGAAUGGAAAAGAGGCUUUCAUGGCAGGUGUCAUUAGCCGAUCGGCAUACCUAGAAGCCACACCGCCCAUGGAUGAAGAUGAUGCUACAGAUGUUGUUUGUGUCAUUGGAGUAAUCAAAGUGAAGUGCAUCGGUUCUGUCCGAGCGGGUGAACGAAUUUAUGCUACUGUCGACCUAGACAAUCCCGGCACAGCCAUCCCAGAAUCCCACCUGCCACCCAGUGUAGUCCUUGGCAAAACCAGCAUACUGUUAGGUAUGUCAAUGGAGGAAAAGAAGGCAUCUAAGCUGGAUGAUGUCAAUUUGGUUCAGUGCUUUGUGUGUAUAGUGCUCGGAGUCAACGAUAAAGCAAUCGCAGCGGAAAUAGAGAACAUGUACGAUCACUUUGAGAUGGAUCUAGCUGUGAAACUCCGGAGAGAGAGAAAGAAAAUGAGAAGACUGUUGUGUUCAACGGCAUUUGGUCUCGUUAUCAUUGUUGGCUUGAUCGCGUUCUGUAUGUACCAAUUCCUCUAUCCGGGAACUGCCUUAAGAUACUGGAUGUGUAAGCGGGGCUCCCUAGCUGGCCACACGUCGUCUUUUAAAUUUAUUCCUUUAGGCGACACUGCACAGCGUUGCUUGACAAGAGGAGUUGAAUUUACGUUGGAUGAACUAAGAGAAAAAUUGUCGCAUCUAGAUGAUGUUCCGCCUGUGAAUUCUACAAAGGUACCUGGAAAGCACCACUAUUACUUAAACGUUGACCGUUGUGCAUUUGGUGGCAACCUCAAGCUGUCUGCUCACGUCAAAGGCAUUCCCAGCAACAAGCAAGUAUGCGGGCCGAUUAUCUUUGCUGUGAAUUAUAACUGUUCAGCUGUUUAUUACUACCAGGAGUCGCCACACGAAGGCUGGAAACGAUAUCAGUCGGUCAAACAUUAUUCCUAUUUGCGUAAAUUUUUGCAGUGCAAGCCUGAAGAGGAGUUUGAGUGAUAUUAUGAACUGAUUGAGGAUCCCGAUUUUCUCAGGAUCAGAUCAACGUGUAAAUAUAGCGAUCCACCGUCUUCAGCUAAAAUGGUGAUUCAUCAAGUUGCUUGCAACGAACGUAGCACUUUUCCGCUUUAUAGUGGGCCUUUUUAAGUGAUUUUCGUGUGCACAUAACCGUCCAUAAUGUAUUUUAAGAUCAUCAGCUAUUUAUACUUUUUUUAUGCAAAAAAAGUAAUCUUUUGUGGUUCCCGUGGAAAUCGAAGUUAUUUUUCUUACAUGCGUAAAGAGUAUGACGUAGUAAUGAAACGCUUCGCGGGUUUCCCAACACUGAAAACGUGUUAGAGGAAAUUAUAGGUUCAAUACAGUGGCGGACCNCCCCCCCCCCCUUAUUUUGGCUAAAAAAGAAGAAAUCACAGAGGGAAGAAAAGCCGGCAGGGCAAGCAGAACAAAACCGCCCCCCCACCUUGUUAGCUCAAGGUCUGGAUUUGCCACUGCAAUAAGGUUAAUUUUCGGUAGAGUGCAAUUAUAUAAAAGUGAUAUUUUUGGUGUUUUAGAAGACAUCGUUUGCUUGGAAACCUGUACAAAUACCGGAAGUGCACUAAAUAUUGCACUUUCAGCAAACUUUAGAUAAUGCACCUGGUUAAAUAACAAUUUGUACGCGCGUUAAAUAGAAUGAACGUAUUCGUCGCUGAACGAACUGAAAUGACUCAGCGAAAUAAACCUCAACUGACUUUAUACAGUUUUAUUGGCUGGGCAUAAUACAUUCUGCAGAUGUACAUUAGAAACUAGCUUUGUUGAGAUCGUCAUUUGUCAGCUGAUUUUAUGAGGUCUAUGAUCUGGCUUUUCUCCAAAUGCAGCUAAGUUUAUUCAGGCUACUCUCUGGUUUUUAGCCCUCCUUAUAUUGUUCCUAACAUGAUGCAAUCGUGUUUUUCGUUAGUAGAAAUAUAGUACUCUUAUCGUUGUAAUACGAUUUACGUUGAAGUUGAAGAGAGUAGAAUAAACCCGUGAAGUCCAAGUUC